AAAAGUAUCUCCCACUUUCUCUUGUUUUAGUGGCAUUUGGAGGAUUUAUUCGACUGAAGUACACACAUACUGUAGGCGAAGUGAGAGGAUAUUUUUCAACGAGUCAAAUGGCUCACGCAGCGUCAGUUAUACGACUUAUUGUGCCCAUUUUGAUACUGAUUUUACAAGUCCAGGGAUAUAGCAGUGGACUUCAGAAGCUUCAGAGGCAGAAACGAGAAUGGAUCAUUCCUCCCAAGAAAUUGUUGGAGAAUAAGGACUAUACUAAGAUGGAAUACAUAUCAAAAAUUCGCUCUGAUGAAGAGACACGAACAAGCAUACGUUACUUUCUUGAAGGCAAAGGAGCAUCUGAAGCUCCCAUGAACCUUUUCACAGUGAAUCAUGAAAAUGGCUAUGUCAGGAUCAAUGGCAUUCUGGACCGGGAAGAGACGCCCUAUUACUAUUUGAAGGGAGUGGCUAAGUUUGCAGAUGGGACACGAGCAGAGAAAGACAUUGAUCUCGUAAUAGAGGUUCUGGACGUGAAUGACUGUCCACCUGUGUUCUCUUUCGUAGCAGCUCAAAGUACUAGUGAAAUUUUUGAAGCAAGUUCAAUUGCUACGUAUGUGAUGAAAAUCAACGCCACAGAUGCAGACAUGCCCAACACGCCUAACUCACAGAUAGCCUACACCAUUGUUGAGCAAAGCCCUCCAGGGGGCAGCAUGUUCUACAUCAACCAGGAAACAGGAGGGAUCUUUGUGAAUAUGAGGACUCUGGACAGGGAGACCCACGACACAUACACCCUGACAAUCAAAGGAAGUGACAUGAAUGGAGCGGCUGGAGGGCUCUCGGGCACUGGAAAAGUUGUUAUCAAGCUUCUGGAUGUAAAUGAUAACAUUCCAACUCUGGAAAAGAGCUUUUACGAGGCCAAUGUAAUGGAGAACACAGUCAACGUGACGGUGGUGAAGAUCCAAGCACUAGAUCUUGAUUUAAAAUAUACUGACAACUGGCUGGCUGUAUACACCAUUGUCUCUGGAAAUGAAGCAGGAUACUUCAGCAUCACCACAGACACCAAAACAAAUGAGGGCAUACUGGUGUUAAAUAAGCCCUUAAACUAUGAAGAACUGCAAGAGGUCAACCUGCGGGUGAGUGUUUCCAACAAAGCUGAGUACCACUCCUCCACCAUCAUCUCACAGUCCAAGACGUACCCCAUCAAGAUCCAUGUCCAAAAUGAGCCAGAAGGCCCUCGCUUUCAACCUCAAAUCAAAGUAGUGACAGUCUCAGAGGACAGCAAAACCAUUGACUUCAAGACGGUCAUCACUACCUACAAGGCCAUUGAUAGUGACACGCUGAUGCAUGCCACUAACGUCAUUUAUGCCAAAGGAGAAGAUAAGGACAACUGGAUAAGUAUAGAUAGAGAGACUGCUGAAAUCAGACUAAACAAAUAUCCUGACCGAGAAUCCAAGCACCUGGUUAAUGGAACGUACUAUGCCAAAAUCAUUUGUAUCUCAAAAGAAGCCCCAGUGAAAACAGCCACAGGAACCAUUGCCAUUCAGGUUGACGACUUCAAUGACAAUUGUCCAAAAUUGACCAGCACGAGUCAGUCUGUGUGCUUUCCGGAUGAUGUGGUGUAUGUCACUGCUGUGGAUAAAGAUCCCUUUCCAAACGGAGCACCAUUUGAAUUUAAAGUUGUGUCCGACACAAAAGAACGCUGGACCGUAGAGCGCCUUAAUGACACCACGGUGAUCUUGCGACCCAAAGAGACUUUGUGGCCAGGCCUUUACAAGGUGUUCCUGGAGAUCCAAGACGAGCAGGGAAAAGCCUGUGCUGGCGGUCAGGUGUUAGACCUGGAGGUGUGCAGCUGCACCAAGGGCACCAAGGCGUGCCUGGACCGCGGUGUCAGGGGGCCCACCGCCAUCCUGGGACCCGCUGGCAUCCUCUUGCUGCUCCUGGGACUCGUGCUGCUCUUCUUGCUGCCCCUCCUGCUGCUGUUCUGUCUGUGUGGUGAUGCUGCUACGAAGGGUGGUUUUGUUGCCAUGCCCUGGGAGGCCAAACAACACCUCAUCUCUUAUCACACAGAGGGCCAAGGGGAAGACAAGGAAGUGCCGCUGGUGACCAUACCAACAGUAGUGGAUGGUACCCUCAUAAAGGCCAUUGAUGGAGGCGGAAAAGGCACUGGUAUUGCACCGGGCUGGUCUGGUCAAACAAUUGAUACUACUGAUGGACACCAGCAGUGGAUUUCAUCAGUGAGCACUGUUGGUGGAGGAUAUGAUAGGUAUGGGUACGGGCAAGGGCAAGGGCAAGGGCAAUGGCAAGGGCAAGGGCAAGGCCAAUAUGACCAUUGGCAAAGUGGACACAAAUAUCAGGAAGUGUCCAGCAAAAUGGGCGCAUUUGAAGGCAUUGCAUUAUCGGAGGGAUUUCUUCAAGAAUAUUAUUCACAGAAAGCACACUGCAUUCAGAAUCAGCAUUCUCCGAAAGAGGCUCUGCUCAUCUUUGAUUAUGAGGGCCAGGAGUCUCCAGUGGGCUCUAUAGGCUGCUGUAGUCUCCUCCAGGAUGACCAGGACCUGGACUUCCUCAAUGACCUCGGGCCUAAAUUUAAGACUCUGGCCGACAUCUGCGGUGGCACGUCACUUGAAGUCGAGUCUAGUAAGGUGACGGUCACAGCUUCUCAGCCUUCAGCACCGAUCGUGGCUAACGUUGAUGUCUUUGCGGAUAUCACACACAGCAUUAACGCUGCUAGAACCGAGGCGGCCAGCCUGGCCACUUCAUCCACCCGGAUCCAAGAAAGCGUAAUCUCGUCAACCCGUCCAGCCACCACCGAUGUGCACCUUCGAGAGAACUUUGUCGUUCCAACCCAGACACUGCUCAUCCAGCAGCCAACUCUCUACUACACUGCUGCUGCCCCACCCAUGUACGUGGUGGAUCCACAGCCCCAUCAAACCCUGGUCGUAGGUCCUGCCGUCAAUAUGGGCGAAAACAUGGUCGUGGUCGAGAGACAGGCCACCACAGGAGGAUCUGCCCAGCUGCAGGGUUUAAGUCAGGGGGUGAUCGGGGUGGAGAGCCUGCACGGAGCCCAGAGCCUGAUUCUGCUGGAGGGAGGCAGGGCCUCUGUGGCCGGUGACCCUCACCAGAUCGUUGGCACGUUGGGGAAAAGGCAAGUGGUCACGGUCGAGACGUGUGGUCAUGGAUUGCAGAGCGGCUCUGCGACUCAAAUCGGUCAUGGCGAGAGCUACGCGUCUGGUAAUGUCUCACUUUCAGGGUCAUCAGUGAGUUCUGAGAGCAGGGGGCUGCAGUAUUCGGGCGGCGGCGGGUUGAUUCAGGUACUCCCAUCCCAAGGCCUUCACAGUGAGAGUGUAGACCUGAGAGGUCAAGGUGUCUCUAUGAAUGUUCCACUGGAGGCUAUGCACGAAGGCACACACAAAGUUGUUGUCCAGGAGAGGGUGUCAGUCACUGAGAGAAAUAUCCAAUCCAGUAGUACAGCAUAAAAGGGUUCAAGGAUAUAUUGCUUCAGUUUAUCAAGUUUAUUACAUUAGCACUGUAGGGAUACCAGUGGCUAUCUUAAGUAUUAGGAAACAAUAUUAUUGAAUGCAAAAUGAAGAGUAUGUGUUACUAAGAUUUAGUAUUAACUGCAUCAGAAAGCAAAGGAAAGAAGUCUUAAGAUUUCUUUUGACUUCAGCACUAUAUAUUUAUUUUUUCUUUUCUUUUCUUUUUUUAAGAUACACUUUAAACAGCCUCUUCAUUAAACUGUAUCCAGCACUGUAUCUGUUGCUUUACAAGCAUUGUACAUUCAAGAUCAUGUAAUGAUCUUUUUUUUUUUUUACUUCACUUGAGAAACAGUGAAUAACAUGUGAUCGGGUUAGGUUUGCUGUAAUACACUGUUUAUUAUUACCACUAGAGGGUGAUACUGUUCUGUGCUACUGAAUGACUUCCUGCAUCUCAUUACUGUAAUGAUGUGCAUUUAUGUAUAUUUGUAGAAAGCAAAGGAAAUACUCCAAAAAUAAAUGUCUAAUGUUUUGUUUUUGUUGAAUUAGAAGUGAGAUUGAUCUGAAAAAAAAAAUAAGGUUAGCGUUUUGAGGAGAAUAAAGUUUGCUAUAGGGCAGCAUUUGACAUUUCAAUAAGUUAGUUCCAUAUUUCCAGUUUUUGUUUUGUUGUCUUACUUGAUGCUUUAUUUAGAUGUACUGUAAUAUAUGUCUAAAUGUGCUAAAUACAGAUUGUCAAUCUUUUGCAUUAUUUUGAUAUUAUUUGGUCUGAUAAGCCAUCGUAAAGCCUUUGUUCAUUGUAAGAUAUGAACAAGAUUUGUGUCACGCUUGGCGCCAUAUUUUGCAAGGUGUACGAUAGUGUACGAUUUGUUUAAGCAGUAACACCAGUGGGACAGGGGUCGGUUAAGCAUAUUCCCAUGGCUGUACUUUGGCCGUAGGUACAUACAUAGUACUUUAUGUAAGAAGCCAUGGUAUUUCCAUAUUCUUACUGUAAUAUUGUUUAAUGCGUUCAGUAGGCCCUACUGUAUAAGGGGAUUGCUCAACUUUUUUUCAUUUAUUAAUUACUUAUUAGUUACUGCAACAACACACCACAUGCCAAUUGAUUUUGACCCUUCAAUUACUCCUUAAUUAAGGCAUUCUCUAAUUAAGGCAUUCUUCUGUACAAUUCAAGGUUUAGAAAGUGUCUGUCUUGCAUGAAGUGACACAGGUUCAAUUUCCAGCAUAGUUUUGAAUUUGAAAAUACAGGUAAAAGUGGGGGCUAUUUCUGUUCCUAGAAUUAGCAACAGAGUGAGGAAAGAACAGAAGGCUGUAGUCAUUGAGUCAACGUUGGGAAGGACCAAACGUCUCAUAUAUCAGUGUUUCUUAACUGAUCUGACCUUGGGACCCUCAGUGUCCCAUGGUCAUUAAGUUGCAACCCAUAACCCAUUUGCUUUCAAAGUGCUCGACAUGUUUGUGCCAUUUUAGUUUUUGAUUUUUUUUCAUCUCCUGCCAGCAAUUCACUGCACGCCACAGACUGGGGUUUCUGCACCUUUUUGUCGUCAACAUCAGUGAAUCCAUACUGUUCAUCAAAUACUCAGGGUCGUUUUGCCAUACUAUUACAAUAAUGUCUAACAUGACCUGUCACAUAAAGACUGUCUAUGUCCAUGGCAACGACUGGCAUAAUAAAGGUCCGACACCAGCCCUGAUGGUGUAACGUUUUAAAUGGGCAAUUCUUCUUUUGUUUCGCAACCCACUUAUUUAAAAAAAAAAAGAAAACUGCCAACCCUUAUACAAAUUCAUGAACAGAUAGAGUGUGUUUUUUUUUUUAAUAGUGUCUAAUAGUAUUACACAGCCCUGAUGAUGAUGAACAAAAAUCUAUGCAUUGUUAUAGAAAAAUAAGUCCAGAUAAGCAAAUUGUAUUUAAAGAAAAAAUAAAUAAACUCAGCUGUGCAACGUU